AUGUGCACUCCCAACGUUGCACUCCCGGCUGAUUCGGCCGAUCCGAUGGCGGCGUGUUCGCAGUUCACCCAUUACGAUUUGCACCUUUUGGCCCAGUCUUCGCCAGAGUCACCUCUUCGAGUAGUCGCACUCGUCGAUUACGACUCUUUUUACGCCCAAUAUGAAGCAGUUCGACUUGGGCUUCCUGCUUCACAGCCUCUAGCCGUUCGUCAAUGGAACGCCAUCAUAGCGCUCAACUACCCCGCUAAGCAGCAUGGUCUUAAGAGAGGCAUUUCAGUGGAUGAAGCUCGCCGUCUUUGUCCAGGCAUCACAAUUCAACACAUCCCAACUUGGAGGGAGGGCGAUGGCCAGUGGAGCGUAGACGAGUUCUACCUCGAUCUCUCGACACAAGUCUACCGCACCCUUCUUGACCGUUUUCCCGACAUAACAUCCGAUACCAUCUCUACGCAAAAGCUACCACUGCCUGCUGUCCAGAACCCUCUCAACUGGCAAACGGAUAGGGUCAUGAACCCACCAGAAAGAGGCGACCAUGGUGAGUCUCCUGACUGGGACGACGUAGCACUGAGCGUUGGUGCCGACAUCGUACGCAACAUCCGUGAACAUAUCAAACAACGACUGCGACUCACAACUUCUGCUGGUGUCAGCCACAACAAACUACUCGCCAAGGUGCCUCUGGCGACGAUGAUAACCCAGCUGGGGUCUGAACAAGGACACCGGGUUUUUGCAGCUAUUCGCGGAGCUGACAAAGGGGCGGUCGUCCCACGAUGUCAAGUUCAAUCGCUGUUGUCGGCCAAAACAUUUGUGCCACCGGUGGAAAGCCUGCAGCAAGCUAGCAAAUGGCUUCGAAUUUUUGCGGCGGAUCUAGAAGCCCGGCUUCACGAUCUCGACGUCAGUUCAGAUUUGCCACGCCGGCCCAAGACAAUUGCAGUCCACCAUCAUGUAAGGGGACGGUUUGGCCCGACGAGAUCUAAGCAAGCGCCGAUCGCAUUACAGUCUAUGAUUAAUCAGGAUACUAUCUUUGAUCUGUCGUACGCUUUGUUGACGGCACUUACGGCAGACGGUGAGUCUUGGCCGUGCCAGAGCAUAUCUGUCAGCCUGUUCAACAUGGAGUCACGUGCCCCUGGGAAGGGACGCAUCACAUCCUUUUUUGCUCCCAGCGCAGUUCACUCAUCUCAAAGGCGACGAAGAAGUAGUUCAGGGCCCGAGACAAAUGUCGAAAACGAAAGGAAGAAAAAAAUGCGUAGCUCGAUUGGGCACUUGGAGUCUGCAGAAACGUCCGACACUUCAACCAUCUCUGUCGUUGAUGGCCGAGGCACCAGUAGCGGGGUUUCAACAUCACCGUCUUUGCCUUGGAGAGACUCACAGUAUGAGUGUCCAUUGUGCAAUGGGUCUGUUGAACCAGAAAACGUCCUUGAACACCUCGAUUGGCAUGUUGCAGAACAGAUUCAACAUCAAGAAAACGAACCUAUGAGAUAG